AUGCUAUUGGGGUUUCAUGUAUGUGUUGAGUUUGUUAGAUCUGUGGUCUCAGUAUUAAACAUCAAAGUCUGUGGACAUCUAUCUAUCUAUCUAUCUAUCUAUCUAUCUAUCUAUCUAUCUAUCUAUCUAGCUCAUCUGUUCAUGUCUCUCACUCUGACUCUAUAUCAAUCUGUUCAUAUCUAUAUAUCUAUCUAUAUAUCUAUCUAUAUCUUUAUCAUAUCUCUCUAUCUAUUUAUCUAUCUGUAUCCAUAUCUGUCUAUCUGUCUAUUUCACAGGCAUAAUUAUCUAUCUAUCUAUCUAUCUAUCUAUCUAUCUAUCUAUCUAUCUAUCUAUCUAUCUAAUACAACAUUAUACCUAAAUAACUUCUUCUUCUUCUUCUUCAUCUUCUUCCUCAUUUCCGUUUCCUUCUUCUUCUUCUUCUUCUUCAUCAUCUUCUUCCUCUUCUUCUUCUUCUUCUUCUUCUUCUUCUUCUUCUUCUUCUUCCUCCUCCUCUUCUUCUUCUACUUUAUGUUGUUCUUCUUCUUCUUUGUCUUCUGCUUCUUCAUCUUCUUGCUCUUCUUCUCCUUCUUUUUCCUCUUCUUCUUCUUCAUCAUCAUUAUCUUCUUUUUAUCUUCUUCUUCCUCCCCCUCCCCCUUUUCUUCUUCUUCUUCAUCUUUUUCUUCCUCUUCUUCUUCUUAUUAUCCCACUUCUUCUUCUUCCACCAGCUUCUUCAUCUUCUUCCUCUUAAUUUUCUUUUUUCUCUUAUUCUUCUAUGUUAUCUUUCUCCUCUUCUUCUUCACCAUCUUCUUCUCCUCUUCUACUUCCUCUUCUUCUUCCUCUUCUUCAUUAUCUCCAUCUUUCUCUUCAUCUUCUUCCUCUUUUUCUUCUUCUACUUUUUCUUCUUCCUCUCAUCUUCUUCCUCUUCUUCUUCAUCUUCAUUCUCUUCUUCUUCUUUUUCCUCUUCUUCCUCCUCUUCUUCUUCUACUUCAUCUUCCACUUCCUCUUCUUCCUCCACUUCUUUUCAUCUUCACCCUCUUCUUCUUCUUUUUUUCCUAA